AUGGAUAAUUUGCUAAAUUAUGGAUAUGUUAGCGAACAUAAUCACCAAAUUUCAAGUACAAUUUCAUCACAUUAUGGAAAAUUAGCCAGAAAUGCCGAGGCAGAAAGGUCUUAUGAUCCUCCUGGUGAAUUAUCAGAAUAUGGCAAAAGACAUGAUAAUGAUUUUGUAGAAAUUUCAAAUAUUUCAGUCAUUCCUACAAAAGAUGAAGUUUUGUGUGUUCGUGAACCAUUUUUACCUUUUUGCAUUCCUAAUGCGCCACAUUUUUUACCUAAUGGUGCCGAAAGAUUACUUGAUUCACAAUUUUCGUUUAUUAAGAGAAGACAUGCUAGUAAUUUUUAUAAAGGAUUGAAGAAAAUCAGAAAUGAAUAUGCUGAUCUACAUGUAUAUACUGAAGUUGAAUUUGUUAACAUUACUUGUAACAAGAUGAAAGGAUUUGCAUACACUUUAAGGUUCACGCCUCCUAAAGUUCGCGGUUCAUAUCACGAUAGGAAAGCAUAUUGGGAAAAGAGUCGAAGAUUGCUAAAUGUAUCAAGAGAUGAAAAAGUUCUAGCCAAACAUCCCGAUUACGCAGAUAUAGACAUGAUAGAAAAUUCUUUAGAAGAAAGAUUUAUGGUUGAAUCAACCGGAGUUUAUUUCGAAGCUUACAAUCAUGUACUGAACACUCUAAAAUCCACAACGCCUUCUUCUCUUCCUUUUGUAAAAUAUUUUGCCCCUAAUUCUGAUCGUUUUAAUCAUGAUGUUAUAGUUAAACCACCAUUGUACGCUAGGGCACCUGGAUUUCAUUUUGAUUUGUCAGUUAUAUGUGACAGAAAGCAAACGUUAAAAUUAAAUGUGGAAAAUCCAAGCAGCUAUGAUGAA